AUGUCAAUUGCUGACCAAAUGGGAUGCUCAUCGAAUAGUUGGAGAAGGGCAUGUUUCGCUGGCAGCCAGAAAGGCUUCGCAUCACAUCCAUUGGCUGGCCUACUUGGGCGUCUCAAUCACGUCGCAGUUGCCACAGGCGAUUUGGAGAAAACUGCGAAAUUCUACAAAGAUCUUGACGCGAAAGUCAGCGCGACUGUGCCACUACCAGAACAUGGGGUCUACACGGUUUUCGUUGAGCUGCCGCCCGACACAAAACUUGAACUUUUGUUGCCGCUGGGUGAUAAGAGUCCUAUUCAGGCUUUCUUGAACAAGAAUAAGAGUGGUGUGUCAAACCUCUUGGAAUUCGUCCCCUCGAUGAGAAGUCAAAAAUCGGCGCCCACAACAAACGUUUUUCUUCAUCCAAAAGAUUGUGGCGGAGUACUGGUCGAAUUGGAGCAGGAA